GGUAUGCUACUGAACUGGCUUCUCUUUCAUUCUGUUGACUCCUUUCUCCAGGGUCAGGGAAGAUGGUGAGGUGGGAGCUGUGGGCUGCUGCUGUCUCUUUGGUUUUCCUCUCUAUCCAAGCAUUUCCACAAACAGACAUUAAAAUCAGCCCAGCCAUGCCAGAGAUGAUUCAGCCCUAUUCAUGUCCUCUGUUCUGGAUGGAGUAUGAAGGUUACUGCUAUAGAUUCUUCCCUCUUAAUAAGACCUGGGCUGAGGCUGACCUUUACUGUGCAGAAUUCUCUGUUGGGACAAAGUCAGCCAAAUUGGCUUCCAUUCACAGUUGGGAGGAGAAUGUCUUUGUACAUGAUCUUGUAAACAGCUGUGUGCCAGGGAUACCAACAGACAUCUGGAUGGGACUUCAUGACCGGAGACAGGAAGGUCAGUUUGAAUGGACAGAUGGCACAUCUUAUGACUACAACUACUGGGAUGGAAACCAGCCAGAUGAUGGCAUCCAUUCUGCCCUUGAGGAGGAAGACUGUGUACAGAUCUGGUAUCGCCAUAAUAGUGCCCUAAGAUCAUGGAAUGAUAAUGCCUGCAGCCAGAAAUUCCCAUUUGUGUGCAAGAUCCCAUCAAAGACAAUUAAUUGACCAACUCUUCCCUUCAGAAAUGACCUUAGGCUCUGGUUCCUUCUUGUAGCAGUGCCUGGUGCAACACUGAUGCUCUAUCCAAGUUAGAUUACAGUAAAGGCAAUUCCCACAGAAAACACUGAAAAAUAAACCUUAGCCUCAGGAAAAGGCACACACACACACACACACACACACACACACACACACACACACACAUGCCUGGGAUCCUAGUCUCACCUCUGAGCUCAGCUAGGUGUGGGACCCAGUGGAAGUCGUUUUCUUUCUACAGGUCUCAAUUUCUUCCUCUGUAAAAUGAUUAGGCUGGCCCAGAUAAUGUGGAAGGUACCUUCCAGGGCUGAAAUUCUCUGAUUUGCUCUCUUUCUUUGCUCAUCAAAGACUUGCUCCAAAUCUCUCUUCACCCAAGUUGUGGUGACUCCUGGUGACAAAUGCUGAAUAGAAAGAAAAGCCAAAGUUAAAGGGUGAGGAAGGAGUUAGGAAGGAAGAACCUUAGAUAAAAACAACUCCCUGUCUCCUUCUGGAGUUUGUAAAGUUGAAAAGGAGGACUCAUUAACCUUUUAGUCCAAUUAAAACAAUGGCCCAAAAGGUGUAGGGCUGACAGAGUCUGGAACACCUUCUGGCAGAAAGCAGAGUCAGGCAGUAAUGAUUUCUCAAGCAAACAAGGCUGUGUUUACUGCUGACGUUUCAAUACUCUGAGGUUCAUUUGCAUAUGUGGUGUAGGGAACAUAGCUUUGUUUCCCAUGAGAGGGAGAAAGCUAAAUAGCAGAAGGUUGGAGAGAAAGUGUCUAUUAGGAGAAGACUGGGAAUUGCGGGGAAGAGAUGAAAAAUACUGGAAACAGAACCAUACCAUUGGGCUCAUCUAGCCCAACCUAUCAUUUUACAGAGGAAGAAAUGGAGGCAGGGAGCUACAAAGUAACACUCCCAAGGACACACAGAAGCCCAAUGCUUUUGAUUCCUAGUUUAGUGCCAUUCCCCAGGUACCCUUCUUUUCUGAAGAAACGAACAUUAUCUGCAAAUCAUUUGUGGUCCUGUUGGAUGGGUUUGCUUUUGAAUGUUCUAUGAAGUCAUAUAAAAUGCCUAUGCUUGCUUAAAUGAUCCCCCCCUAAAUAAA